AGCUGAAUCAGAGAUGUUUUCUUGAAAGUACUUUGUCUUACCAGAGGACGGAACGCUAAAAUACGCUAAAAAGAGAACCAUUGAAAUCGAAGUGGUUUCACCAUGAAUCUAAACGACUUCGUGGUCCUUCCUAACAAGCCAAAAUCUGUAAAAUUGAACCCCAGCAGGAACAUGAGGGAGCUGCGCAUGGAGACGGUGCAGUUGGCCCAGGAGAACGCCACCAUGGAGAGCAGACUCAAGCAGCUCCGCGAGAACAUGAGCAGGGAGAAGGAGGAGAGAGAGAGGUCAGGGGGAAUCCGCUGGAAGUCUGGCCAGGCAGGCCCCCUCUCUGGUGGCCCGACUGCCAGGAGGAACCGUGAGAACGCAGCUACCUCCGCUACCGCUACCGCUACCGCUGCAGCUAUGCCAAAGGUCCCAGGGGCAAAGGUGAAGAUACGAGUUCUGAAAGAUGAACCACUCCCAGAGCUUCCCAGACGGCCAGUGGAGCGUCCCUCUGUGGCAGGCGGGGGGGAGCAGAUGCCCAGUCGAAGGCCUCAGCUCAAGGGCAGAGCGUGUGGCCAGUGUGAGGCCAGGGAAGCAGGGCUGAUGUGUCCUGAGUGUGGAGAGGACUACUGCAUCGGCUGCUUUGCCAAGUUCCACCAGAAGGGGGCACUGAAGCUCCACAGAAUGAUCCCCAUGCAGGCAGCAGUGCAGACGUCCGUCAGUGCUCUGGAGGUGGUGCAACGCUUCCAGACGCAGGUGGGCUCUGACUCGCCGAAGCUCGGUAGCGCCCCCACUGGGGACAGGAAGAGGAAGGGAGAGGCCAGCUGGAGAUCCGGUGAAGCCAGCGCCCCAGCUACACAUUACCCAGUGCCUUCUGGAAGUCACGAGGCGGCGAGGCCGAGGACAGCAAGUGACGAGGAGGAAGAUGAUGAGGAAGAGGAGGAUGAUCUGGAGGAGGAUGAUCUGGAGGAGGAAGAAAUGGAGGGGAGAAACGUGAGUCCUCCAAGAGGAGGCUCCUCUCUGCUCCAGGGCAGCUUUGACGAGGAGGAGUCGGCACGCUCCUUCCAGCAGGCGCUGCAGCAGUGGAGGAGAGGAGGAGGUGGUGGUGGGAAGGAGGAGGAGGAGGAGGCUCCGGGAGAGGGAGACGGGCCAGCAGACUCACAGCACAUGCAGCAGCAGCCGCACAGGCAGCGGGCCUGCAGGCCACGUUCAGAUGCAAUGCCAGUGUCUGUGGAGGCCACUGGGACCCAGGCUGAUUUCCAGCCUCUUCAGCCAGUGCGUCCCAUCCAUGUGGAGUUUAAGCAGCAGGGCAUCACCUACAUGGAGAAACUCCUCAUCAAGAAGCACCGGCGAACGCCAAUCGAAGAGUAUCGACCGCUCUCCAACGAAGCCUCCUCCACCUCCUCCACCCCCUCCACUGUUGCUCAGGAGCCCCUGACACCCUCACACAGCUCCGAGACUGAUGGGGAGAGCCAUAGGCUGACAGAGGAAGAGAAGGAGAUGCGGAGCUACCUUCUCUCGCUGUUUGCCGUCACUCCACGUGGGGGCGCUAGGGAGAGCCCCAGCCCAGAGCCCUGUAUCAGCCCUUUGCCUCUUCAACCCACCGUGAGCAUCGUGGAGCUGGACCAGACAGUCGGCGACUCGGCGGGUACCUCUGCCUUUGGAGUGGAGCGGCGGCAAGUUAACACAAAAAGCAGAGAGGGUUUGAACGAGAGCAUGAUGAAGUGUGAGAGGGAGAAGAAGAGAGACAUGGUGGGCUCUGCUGGAUCUUCAGCAUCCAAGCUGCGCCUUUCCCCCGGAGGACAGCCGCCCAGCCCAUCAGGCAAAUGGCCAGUGGCUCCAGCACCACCUCCGCGUCCGAAUCCCAGAGCCUCACCCCCCUCCCCGGGACCUCCACAUGCCAACAGCCAGCAUCCAUCUCCUCCUCCUCCAUCCUCUGUGCAGUCAUCAUCAUCAUCAUCAUCAUCCUCCUUAUCACCAUCUGGCCAGCUUCCAGCAAAGGCGUCCGGCGGCAGAUUAUCACGCACCCCAAAGAGCGAUAAGAUAAAAACAUCAUCUACAGUGGAGGAUGGGAGGUCUGCAAAGACCAGAUUAAAAGAGUGUCCAUCCAAAACGCCAUCCCCCAGAAGCAGACUGACCACCAUCACUCCUCCAGGGUCUUCAGAAUCUCAGUCUGCCAACCCUCAAAUAGCGCCUAAAACGCUGUGUCCACGAAGCAUGCUAACGCCGUCUCCCCGUCUUGGUACCUCCAAAACUGGGCUAACACCUUCCCCUCCUCCUCUUCCUCGACCUCCCUCAGCUGACCACCACCACCAAAGCCCUACUCCGUCCUCCUUAGAGCUCCGGUCCACCAACUCUCGAAAACGAUUUCAAGCUCCAUCGCCAAGAGGCACGCUCACACCUUCCCCACGUUUGGGUUCAUCUAAGGGCUUAUUGACUCCCUCUCCUCCUCCUGCUCACGUCACCACGGCUGCACCCCCACAUACCUCUUCACCCUCAGAGAUUCAAUCCACUGACCCUCUGUACACCCCUAGUCCAUCUCGUCUCUCCAGCCCGGGCCUUAGGAGACCUGUGGAAGCUUCCACGCCUGUGUCUUCAAUGGAGAUGACGCCUGAAACUUCCAUGACAGAGACCGUCUCAUUCCGCCUGCUACCUCGUGACAGCAGCUCGCCACAACAUGCACCUGUUGUGCCUCCACUUAACAUCACGUCAACCCCACCUUCAGCAGAACACUCCACUCUAUCAUCUCACAAACAGAACUCAGUGCCAGAUGAGCCCUGA